AUGAGCGGACGUGGCGGACGUAACGGUGGACGUGGAGGUGACCGCGGCGGUGGACGUGGCAACAUCGUCAUGACUCAAGCAGAUUUGACUGACCUGAUUAACACACGCGUGGCUGAGGCUUUGGCAGUUCAGCAAGCUGGUCAACCUGUGAACCAAAACCAGAACAAUCCACCUGUGUGUACAUUCAAAACGUUCAUGGAUUGCAAUCCUCAAACUUUCAGUGGGGUUGAGGGUCCGGUGGGACUGCUCCUUUGGUUCGAGAAAGCCGAAUCUGUCUUUGCUAUGUGUAACUGUCUAGCUGGGGACAGGGUGAAGUUUGCUUCUGGCACCUUGGAGGAUGGUGCUUUGACUUGGUGGAAUGCUCAGGUGCAGAUGCUGGGCAUUGAAAUGGCAAACGCGACCACUUGGGAUGAUUUCCAAGAGCUGAUUCGGGGAGAGUACUGCCCUCGGGAUGAAAUUCAAAAGUUGGAGAACGAGUAUUAUAACUUGAAGAUGGAGGGAUCUGAGAUCGAGGCUUAUACGAAACGGUCUCACGAGCUGGCAAACAUGUGUCCUAACCUAUCCCGACCACCACCCCGCAGGAUCGAACACUACAUUAAGGGAUUGGCACCACAAGUUAAGGGGUUAGUCACUGUAGCAAAUCUCGAAAACCUACCACGAAUCAUCAGACUGGCUCAUAAGAUCACUGAUUAG